UGCGGAUGGUGAUUAGACAUCAUGAAGAGCAGAAGCAGAAAGAGGAACGCGCCAAACGGGAGGAACAGGCCAAAUUGCGCCGCAUUGCCUCGUCAAUCGCCAAAGAGGUCAAGCAGUUCUGGAGCAAUGUAGAGAAGGUUGUUCAAUUUAAACAGCAGUCACGUCUGGAGGAGAAGCGGAAAAAAGCCCUGGACCUGCAGCUGGACUUCAUAGUAGGCCAGACAGAGAAGUACUCGGACCUGCUGACCCAGAGCCUCAAUGAGACCCUUCCAGUUACCAGUAAGACCAGCAGCUCCCAUGCUGGCUCUACUGCCUCUAGCCCACCACCUCCCAGUCAACUUAUUGAGGAUGAAGAUGGCGAUUUCCAACCCCAUGAAGAAUCAGAUGAUGAGGAGACAAUUGAGGUGGAGGAGCAGCAAGAAGGGAAUGACUCAGAGACUCAGCAAAGGGAGAUUGAACUACUGAAGCAAGAGGGUGAACUGCCUCUGGAGGAACUACUGCAAUCGCUGCCUCCCCAGAUCCUGGAGAACUCCUUCAGUACAUCCCCUUGUGCCUCCAGCUCUGACAAUGAGGAAGAAGAGGAUAGUGAAGAGGAAGAAGAGCAGGAAGAAAAAGACAUCUCCAAGAAUCUAAAGGAAAAAACAAAGCCUGUUGCUCAGAGGAAUAAAAACCCUUGGAAGCCUGAUGAGGAAGAUGAGGAGUUCACUGCCAAUGAAGAUGAAGCUGAAGAUGAAGAAGAGACAAUAGAUGCAGAAGAAAGGCUGGAAGGGAAUGUGGAUCAUAGCAAAGAGCUGGAUGACCUGGCCAAGGAAGGUGAGCUGCCCAUGGAAGAGUUGCUGCAGAAAUAUGCUGGUGCCUAUGCCUCAGACUUUGAAAUGGAGGAGUCAGAUGCUUCAUCUGGAGCUUCAGAGCCUAGCACCUCAGAGUAUGAAGAGGAGUCAGAAGAAGAGGACACCAGUAGCCAGUCAGAUUCCACUGAAGAAGUGGGGAGUGAAAGUGAAGAGGAGGUUGCUGUUGAGGAGGAGGCUUCAGCGAGUCAGGAGGAGGACUUUGGUGUUGAGUACCUGCUGAAGCAAGAUGAGGAUUGUGAAGGUGAGGGAGAAAAUGACUCGGCUCCAACUCCAGGGCCCAAGAAGGAAAUCACGGACAUCGCAGCAGCCGCAGAGAGCCUGCAGCCCAAAGGCUACACCCUGGCUACUACGCAGGUGAAGACGCCCAUUCCUUAUCUGCUGCGAGGAACUCUGCGGGAAUAUCAGCACAUUGGACUGGACUGGUUGGUUACCAUGUAUGAGAAGAAACUCAACGGUAUUCUGGCUGAUGAGAUGGGGCUUGGCAAAACAAUCCAGACUAUCUCCCUGCUGGCGCACCUGGCCUGUGAAAAGGGUAGCUGGGGACCCCACCUGAUCAUUGUCCCCACCAGCGUCAUGCUGAACUGGGAGAUGGAGAUCAAGCGCUGGUGCCCCAGUUUCAAGAUCCUCACUUAUUAUGGGGCACAGAAGGAGCGCAAGCUGAAGCGGCAGGGCUGGACCAAACCAAAUGCCUUCCACAUCUGCAUCACCUCAUACAAGCUGGUGCUGCAGGACCACCAAGCCUUUCGGCGGAAGAAUUGGAAGUAUCUGAUCCUGGAUGAAGCUCAAAAUAUUAAGAAUUUCAAAUCCCAGCGCUGGCAGUCUUUGCUCAACUUCAACAGCCAGAGGCGAUUGUUGCUGACUGGAACUCCUCUCCAGAACAGUUUAAUGGAACUGUGGUCCCUCAUGCACUUCCUGAUGCCCCACGUCUUCCAGUCACACCGUGAAUUCAAGGAAUGGUUUUCCAACCCUCUGACAGGCAUGAUUGAAGGCAGUCAGGAGUACAAUGAGAACCUAGUCAAGAGGCUGCACAAGGUGUUGCGCCCAUUCCUUUUGCGGAGGGUGAAAGUGGACGUAGAGAAGCAAAUGCCAAAGAAAUACGAGCAUGUCAUCAAGUGCCGGCUUUCCAAGCGCCAGCGUUAUCUCUAUGAUGAUUUUAUGGCCCAGGCUACCACCAAGGAGACGUUGGCAACAGGCCACUUCAUGAGCGUCAUCAACAUCCUGAUGCAGCUUCGUAAAGUCUGUAAUCACCCCAACCUCUUUGACCCAAGGCCCAUCCACUCACCAUUUAUCACGGAGGGUAUCUGCUUCAACACGGCCUCUCUUGUCCUGCAUGCCCUUGAUAACGACCCUUUCAAGCAUGUGGACAUGGGAAUUUUUGACUUGAUCAAUCUGGAGGGCCGUGUUUCCCGUUACGAGACGGACACAUUUCUGCCCAAGUGGAAGGUGACCAGGAAGCUGAUCGAGGAGAUUGCUGAGUCCCCUGAUCCUCCUCCCAGACCGAAACCAGUCAAAAUGAAAGUGAACAGGAUGCUGCAGCCUAUGCCGAAGACAGAGAACCGGACUGUGGUGCUGGUGAACAACCCUCGUCCAGCAGCUCCCCUGCAGAGACCCAUGACCCCUAUCCUUCCAGAGACACUGACCCCUGGUCUAGCUCCCAUUCAUCAUUCAAGCCCGAUCUUGCCAGGGCCUGUGCAGUCCCCCACGCUUCCUGUUUCCGUUUCUCUCCCUGUGCCACCUUCUCCAGUCACCAUGUCGAUACCAGUGCCGCCUCCUGCCAGACCACAGACCCCAACUCUAGUGCCUCCUCUGAGCCAGAACAACACAGCUGCUACUCUGCUCCACACCCAGGCGUCUGCUGCACAAGUCCUUCCCAUGGCCAUGACUGCUGCUCAGCUGAUCCCAAACGCUUCUCGACUUUCUUUGCCACCUACCCCUGUUUCUCCUACUGCAACGACCACCUCCUCCUUUAAGCUUGGUAUAGUGCCAGCUCCUGUGGGGCAAAUGCAGGCCCCCAGCACCCUGGCCAUGUCUGCUGUGGGGCAGCCACAGGCCCCCAGCACCCUGACCAUGCCUGCCAUAGGGCAGUCACAGGCCCCCAAUGCCCUGGCCAUGCCAGCCGUGGGGCAGCUGCAGGCCCCCAACACCCUGGCCGUGUCUGCUGUGGGGCAGCCGCAGACCUCCAACACCCUAGCCAUGUCGGCUAUGGGGCAGCCACAGGCCCCCAACACCCUGGCCAUGUCCACCGUGGGGCAGCUGCAGGGCAUGCCUGUUGUGGGGCAGCCGCAGGCUCCCAGCACCCAGACCAUGUCCCUUGUGGGGCAGCCGCAGGCCGUGUCUGCUGUGGGACAGCCACAGGCUCUCAAUACCCUGGCCGUGUCCACCAUGGGGCAGUCUCAGACCCCCAACACGUUGGCUAUGUCUGUUGUGGGGCAGCCACAGGCUGUGUCCACCAUGGGGCAGCCGCCAGUCCCCAACAGCCUGGCUGUAUCUGGUAUGGUGCAGCCGCAGGCCAUGUCUACCAUGGGGCAGUCACAAGUCCCCAACACCCUGACUGUGCCUGCUGUGGGGCAGCCACAGGCCUCCAACACCCUGGCUGUAUCUGCCAUGGGGCAGCCACAGGCCAUGUCCAUUAUGGGGCAGCCGCAGGCUCCCCACACCCCAGCCAUGUCUGCUGUGGGGCAGCCACAGACCCCCAACCCCCUGGCCAUGUCCACUGUGGGGCAGGCACAAGCCCCCAACAUGCUGGACCCAGCACCUGCAGCACAGCAGUCUACCAGCACUAUGGGCUCAGGCACUAUUGGAGGGAUGCUGAAGCCAAUGAACGUUCAUUCUGCUGUCCCCGCCUUGCCUGGCUACAACUUUGCAACUGCUGGAGCUCUGCAGCAACGGCUCCUGCUGUCCCCAGAUAUGCAGGCACGACUGCCCUCGGGUGAGGUCGUCAGCAUUGGACAACUUGCAUCACUGGCCAACCGGCCCCUCCAGAGCGCUCCAGGCAGCAAACCCCUCACUUUCCAGAUCCAAGGCAACAAGCUGACCUUGACAGGGACUCAGGUGCGCCAGGUCACGAUGCCUCAGCCCACCCGACAGCUGCCAAUGCCCUCCUCGGCAGUGAACAGCUCUGGUGUGGUGAAGAUAGUAGUGCGACAGGCCCCUCGUGAUGGGCUGGUGUCUCCUCCUCCUGGACCACAGCAGCCACCAUUGCGCCCUGCUACACCAACAACUGCUUCUUUGCCUGGCCUUCCGGCAUCUCUGAUGGCCCAACGAGCCCCACUCUCCAUGAAUCCUGUGCCACCAAUCAGGAUACCCACUCAGCCGCAGAUGCCGGUGCGCCCGUCCACACCAGCUCCCUUGCAAGCCCUCGUGAGGCCUACUCUGCGAAUGCUACAGGCGCCAAACCCCAGCAUGGAACAGCAGAUGGUGUCAGCUCCCUUGCCUUCCUCAGUGGCUCCAUUCGCUCUCUCCCCAGCUGGCACUGUCACUGUCAGCGCAUCCCCUGCCAUGGCUCCCCAGACCACCUCAAGCCCAGUGCCCAGGGAAGAACCAGAGAUGCUGCUGCUCCGCUCCACAACACCCACUCCACCUCCCCCUUCGAUCCUUGCCCCACGGCCAAGGCGACAGCCACCUCCCCCACCUCGUUCUCCCUUCUAUCUGGAAUCACUUGAAGAUAAGCGGAAGAAGCAGAAGGAGGAGCGCCUGGACCGGCUCUUCCGCCUCAACGAGCAGCACUGCAACCUUGCGCCCAUAUACGGCACGGAGGUGCUACAAUUUUGUACCCUCUUCCCCCCUGCGCCUGCUGUGUGGAGGAACGAGGAGGAGGAAAGUGAUGAGCAAGUGGUGGCAGCCCAGGACAUCAAACCGAAGGGCUGGAGAGGAGCUAGCUACGCCCACUGCUAUGCAGCUCAAGUACAGAGAGAUCCCCAGAGCCUCGCUUCCUACUGGCAGCGCUCAGAGGCCUUGGCCCAGGCAAUCCUGACACCCCAGCAACGCAUCGAGCAACUGACAGACAUUAUAGAGAGGUUCAUUUUCGUUAUGCCUCCUGUGGAGGCUCCCGCCAUCACCAUGCACACCUCUCACCCGCCCCCAUCGCUCCUGCUCCAGCAGGCUGUCUUUAAGGAGACACUGCGCCAAGAGUUCUCGUCCCGUGCCAGUUGCCUGCAUCGCAUCAUCUGCAACAUGAGGACUCAGUUCCCUGACCUCCGCCUCAUCCAAUAUGACUGCGGGAAGCUGCAGACAUUGGAUGUUCUGCUGCGGCAACUUAAGGCUGGAGCCCAUCGAGUCCUCAUCUUCACCCAGAUGACUCGCAUGUUGGACGUGCUGGAGCAGUUCCUCAAUUACCAUGGGCAUAUCUACCUGCGGUUGGAUGGGAGUACACGUGUGGAGCAGCGGCAGGCACUGAUGGAGCGUUUCAACGCAGACAAGCGCAUCUUCUGUUUCAUCCUGUCAACACGCAGUGGUGGCGUGGGGGUGAACCUGACAGGUGCUGACACUGUGGUGUUCUAUGAUAGCGACUGGAACCCCACUAUGGAUGCCCAGGCCCAGGACCGCUGCCACCGUAUUGGGCAGACACGGGAUGUUCACAUCUACAGAUUGAUCAGCGAAAGGACAGUGGAGGAAAAUAUCUUGAAGAAAGCUAAUCAGAAGAGGAUGCUGGGAGACAUGGCCAUUGAGGGGGGCAACUUCACCACAGCCUAUUUUAAACAGCAAACCAUCCGCGAUCUGUUUGACAUGCCACUGGAUGAACCAGGCAAGAAAGAAGGAGAGGGCCCCCCUCCAGCUCAGGAGGAGGAAGAGGACCCCAUGGCCACCAAGCAGGCUCAGAUUCUGGAGCAGGCUCUGUGCAGAGCAGAGGACCCCGAGGACAUCCGAGCGGCCACCCAAGCCAAGGCAGAGCAAGUGGCUGAUCUGGCUGAGUUCAAUGAGAACAUCCCUUUGGAUACAGAAGACAGACCCAGCAGGGAAGAGGAAGAGGAGAUGUCGAAGGCAGAGCAGGAAAUUGCUUCGCUGGUUGAACAGCUCACUCCCAUUGAACGCUAUGCCAUGAACUUCCUGGAGGCGUCUCUGGAGGACAUCAGUCGAGAGGAACUGAAGCAGGCAGAGGAACAGGUGGAAGCUGCCCGCAAGGACAUUGACCAGGCUAAAGAUGAAGUGGUCUUCAAGCUGCCAGAAGAUGAAGAUGAGAGCCUGCUUACUGAGGAAGUCUCCAGCAAGAAGAGCAAGAAGGCCAGGGUUUCCAGCCGCACAGCCUCAGAAAGGACAGGCACCCGCGUCAGCGAAAGAUUGCGUAGCACACGACAAAUGCUGCGAGAUGGGGAUGGCGGGGAUGCAGAGUCCCCCCAAGGGAGGCUGCCCAACCUCCGACAUUCCCGGAUGGCUGCGGAAGAGGAGGAGGACGGCCUGCCUCAGGUGGCCCAGCACACACGAGGUGCUGCCAUACGAAGGGAGUUGGUGCGGGAGGAAACACCAGCGCAUCCUGUCCUGCAUGCUCGAAGGACCAUGGUUCGCCGAGAGGAGCUGUGGACGAAACCACCGACCACUGCAGAGAGGCUGCAGAAAACAGCCCUGUACAGGACUGAGGCAUUCACUUCCAGUGAUAGGGUUUUGAGAACUAAUCCUCACAGGACAGACACCCCGCCUGCUGGGGAGAAGGUGCUGCGAGUUACUCCCCCAAAGCCAGAUCUAGGUGCUGCUGGUGAUAGGAUGCAAAGAGGAACUCAGCCUACUGGUGACAGGCUGCCCCGAGGUGCCCCACAAAGAGCAGAUACCAGUGUGGAUAAAGUUCUGAGGCUGGGUCAGCAGAAACCUGAGAAACCCAUUGGGCUGGACAAACUGCAGAGCAGCCCCUCUAGGCCUGAUGUCCCAGCCUCUGGGGCACAGAUCUCCCAGCUCCACCCACAAGGACUUGACAGAGAGGCAGUCAGAUUAAAGGUGGAUUUAAGAGAGCAGAAAGAAAGUGAAGUGUCCCCUGUCCGUCUCUCCUCCUCUGAAUUGCAAGCCUCCAAGGAUGUCCCAGGCGUUGAGCUAGCAGCAUGUCUGGCACAAGAUGGUCCAGCGGCUGUUGAGAAGCCAUUGAAUAUACAGACACCGGCUGUCACAGAGAAGGCCAUUGUGGAGAAGGCACCAGGCCCAGUCACUCCAGUUGCCACUGUGGAACUACCACGUGAAAGCAAACUAGAGGAUGCACAUGAAGUAGGUCUUGCUGUGGAGGUUCAGGAGUGCCUGUCUAGGCCAGAAGAAGAAAAGGGCAGCACUGUGAAACAACAAGAUUCACUGAACUCUGUGGAUGAUGUACCCACGCAGGAAGCUCAAGAGGGAACUCCUUUGGGCAGCGCUGAUAGGACAGUGUCUGAAGGAGCCAUCUCUAAAAGCUCAGAGGACACCCCUGUGCAAAACACAGGCAGAGCAACUCCUGAGUCUGUUAGUGAAGCCACCAAGGUUGAAGUGCCUGUGCUGAUUCCAGACCAGUCUGUGGCAGCUGCUGAUUGUCUCCCUCAACUGGAAAUUCUGCCUCGUGUUAAAGAACAAAAUGGUUUGGAGCAGCCUCCCAGAACUGGCAGCUUGCCUCUUCCUGUUCCAAACUCCCUGAACGAGCCCAAGCCUAAAAUGCUGCCUCCAGAGACUGUGCUGCCAACACCAGAGCCAGCGAUAAGUGAAACCGGCAGCCUCAAGGAAUCGCCCAGGCAGGAGCAAGGGGUGGUAGGGAAGCCGCUGACUGGGGGUGAGCUGCAAAACAAAGAAGCCAAGGUUCCAUCUGGCUGCACAGAGGCUGGUGCUGUACAAGAGAGUCCAUUAGCUGCUGCUGUAAUCUCCUCAGGAGUUCUGUUCUCAGAUGAGAAUCCUUCACCGGCCAGAGUGCCCCGCCGUCGAACCAGUGCGGAUGUCCUGAUCCUGCGGAGUGGUCAGGGCAAAGAUGGCCCUGCUGCCAAAGUUUUGCGCAAACUGCCAGGCCGCCUGGUCACUGUGGUGGAGGAGAAAGAGCUGAUUCGACGGCGACGUAACCGUAUGCGCAGACUUGAUGCCGCCAGCAUUGCCAUGUUGAGUCCUAGCAACAGCUCAACCCAGAGUGUGCUAGAACCAGAGACUUCCCCCUCUGGCAAGGAGUUGCCACUGCUCCGUGACUUACCUGCCCGUCGGAGGAUUGAACUGGAGAGCCGGGCAGCAGCCAAGGAGAAAGGUGCUGUGAGAGAAGAGCUGCUCGUUAAUGCUUCCACUGAGCCUGUCAAACGUAAACGAGGACGUCCCCCCAAGAACAAGUGCCCUGAGCGCCAGAGUUCAGGGUUGCCACAACCCAGCCUUGAACCAGCCCUGGAAAACAACCCCCAAAGCAAGGCACUGGAGAAGGUCCCAGAGGUCCAACCCCCAAAUAAGGCAUUGGAGAAAAAGACACCCAAGGCAAUCUCUGCCAAGAGAGAGUCUCUCAAGAAUAAGCUUCCGAGUAGCAAAAAUGACUCUCCUGUAGAAAAACGUAGGCGUGGCCGUCCCCCUAAGGUACGGGACCCCCCUGUCAUUCCACCCAAGCCACCUGCCUCUGAUACGCCACCAGCCACACUUACAAAACCUCUGGUCACAGAGCUACCCUCUAAGGCAUCAGAGCAGACGAACACAUCCAUUGGGCCUGCCCCAGUGAUAGAGGCAACAUCUAGGGUGAAUGAAUCAGCAGGCCUUCAUCCUAAACCAACUUUCAUCUCAAAAAGCUCCCCUAAAAGACGGAACCGUAUGACCACACAUCCCAAACUCGCAUCAAAAUCCGUUCCUAAGGCAAAAGAGUUAAUAGCCAGGCCUCCAAAACCUCUUUCCAAGUCAUCUACAGAAGUACCUGAACCAUUUGCAAGUCCAUCAACAACACAGCCUUCCUCAGAGGUGCAGGGGCUGCCUUCUCCACCAUGCCCACCACCCCAGACUGUCCUUACUCCCCCAUCAGCAGAAACUCCACCAAAACGGAAGAGGGGUCGACCCCCAAAGAACUCGCCCUCUCCCCGUGUGGAGGUGGCACAACCGCCGCCUUCAGCCUCUGACCAAGAGACCUCCAUAGACAACCAGGCCCCAGCUCCUCCUGUUCGCAAGCGGCGGAGGCGAAGGAGGAAGGAUGAACUGGGCCCGGCAUUGCCUAGUGUUAACCAGAGCUCAUCAGAGGGUGAGGAUGGCCGGCCACUGACCAGACUGGCUCUGCUGAAGCGUGAGGAAAAGCCAGAGUCGGGCAGUGAGGGUUUAGCACAGCCUUCCCCAAAGCACGUGGUCAUGGAGGGUCCUUCGUCAGCAGAGAGCAGUACUGGGGAACAGCCUUCAAGUGACACCCCCUCCCGUUCCACACGUCUCCGGCCCGGCAGCCUUGUUCCGCCACUGGAACGGGAGACCCAGCGACGGAAGCGGCGCGGCUCCUUGGCAGGCAGCCGAGUGAGCAACAGCAGCAGGAAGUCACCUGUUCCCCAAGCUGCCUCAGAGCAAGAAGGUGGAGAGUCGGAGUCCUCCCUGCGAUCAUCUUCUGAGUCGAGUGGUAACAAAAGCAUCCAGCAGCCCAAGCGCCAGUGCUGUAAACCUGGAGGGGCACGUGGCAGAGGGAGGGGCCAGCGGCACCGUGGGGGAUGGGCCAGCCGCAUUCUUCGUAGUGCAGCUAAGCCCUCUGAGAGCACCCGCUCGGCCUCCUCCCCCAUCCCCACACGGAAAGCAGGCCCAGCUUCCACAUCCACUUCGGCAGGGGUGCCCACUGGAGCGCCCUCCGCUGCCAGCUCUCCAGCCGCUCUGCUUACCUCCUCGCUAAGUAACAGAGGCCGCAAGCCCAAGACGUGACCACAGCGCAAGAAGUUAUGACGUAACUUCUCUGCGGGGGCGGUUCAGUGGCCAUUCCUUCCCCUGCACGCCUCUGAAGCAGAUUUAGCCUCCGCCCUCCCCUCGCUCUUGCUCCUCCCCUUCACACUGGGGCAGCAGAUGGGGCUCAAGUCUACCCGCACAGCUCCCUGCAUUCCAGACUUGACUGUUAGAGUACUACUUGAACGGAGGACGGUGAGCACACUUCAUUCCCAGUUGCUCCCUGAGUGGAGCAAGGGGCACUCCUGCUGAAGUAGCUAGCUACCUGGGUAUGUCGCUCAGCUGUUCUGUCACUAUGGGACGUGGCAUGGCCAGCAGCACUUUCUCAAUGAAUUCUGCUACUUUCCUGAUUGGGGAGGGGGAAGCAGCUCCUAGAGUUACACUACAGGGCUCACACCAUCCCUGAAUGCCCCAGCAGUUCAGUACCAUUGGGCUUUCUGGGCACUUGCAUCCCGUGUCAUCUUUGGGGGUUACGUGCCAGCCCUCUUCUCUCCCCACCUCCCCCCCUAUUUCCCUCUCCACCCCAAAAGUAACACAGGGGAUGCCUCCUGGUUUAUAACAUGGCUAGCUCUUUUUUAAUAGCUUUGGGUUGGUUUUUAAAUGACAGUGACCAAAUGCUGGCUCUCUAUCUCCCUCUGGAUUGUUCCCCUCUGCUUAUUCUGUUCUCAGCUUGGAGUCCUCUUGAGGCACAGCAGUAGACAAGCGGAGCCCUCCGAAUGAGGCACGAGGCUGCCCCGCGGGGAAGGUAGUGCCUCCACUGCUUGCGCCACCACACACACACAGACAUUUACAUGCACCAGGAGAAAACUCUUAUUUUUAAUGAUGUAAAUUGCAGUCUUGCUGCUCCAAGGACUCUGUGGGUAUCUCAGUUUGCUCAGAUCCUCUCCCCUUCCUUUCUCUCCCCCCCCCCAUCACUCUGUGUACAGCUCUCAUUGUAAAAUAGGUUCUUUUGAACAUAAUCUAUGCAAAGGUUAUUUUGUAUAGGGGAGCACAACGUUCCCUCCCCUCCACCGCAGUGGGAUGAUGGGGCGGCAGUGGUUCUCUGGUUUUGGGGAGGGGGUGCCGUUGGGGUGGAGGGGGAGGUGUUCCUAUGGAGCUGUCUUUCCUACUGAAGCAUGUUCAGAACUUGUACAGAAGACCGGUGUAAUCUUUCUUCAGAAUAAUGCUAUGAAUAAAGUGUUAAAAAAAAAAGGAAAACCAACAGCACACCAAA